GCUGGCAGGGAGCUGCCUGGGCUCUGGCUGGCUCACAGAGAUCCCUCUCCAUGUCCAGGGAGGAUGGUGCAUGAGGGGUUUUCCGGCUCCUCUCAGAGCCUUGGCUCUGCAGGAUGGGCCUGAGCUCCUCCAAGGCACAGCCCAGGGUGACCAGGGUGGCCCCGGUGCCAUCCCAGGGGGAUGUGACCCUGCAGGGACUGUCCAGGGAGCCAGGCCAGCCCUCAGCCUGGGGAAAGCCCAUCUUCCACCUGGAGCUGCCUCCUCUGAGGGAGACCUGGUACGGGAGAGCCUCUGCAGGGCCCCUCUCUUGGAACACCGUGCCAGGACAGGAUGGGAUCAGCAUCAUCAAGCAGCACCCACCUCGAAGGCCUCAAAGGCUUGAACCUGCCAUCCUUCCACAAACAAUCACUCCUAGGAAGCCCUGGAAUCAGCCAGAAGCGGCUGCAAGCCCAAAACCAAAGGUGCUGGAGAAGAGGGGGCAAAGCCUGAAUCCCCUCCCUGGCAGGAGGCAGCACUUGCACAAGCUCCAGAUGCUGGACUUGACCCGCAAGCGACGAGAGGCGGAGCUGAAGAGGAAUCUCCACAGGGAGGCGAAAAUCAAUAAGCAAAACAUCAAGGAAUUCAGCCCCAAGGAUGUCCUUGACACUCCCCAGAGAGGUGACAGCACCAGAAGCCCGGACCCCAUCCCUGCUGGGCACAAUCAGCGUUUUCCUGAAGACAACCCUGGAAACACGUGGGGUGGAGGACUCUCCAGGGCUGAACUCUCUCCAGACAGGAGGGGGAAGGUUGACCUGUGGUUCUGCAGGGAGCCACGGAGCAGGGACCUGUUCUGGGACUCCUCCAGCACAAGCUCAGAGGAGUGGGAGAGGGAAGAGAGGAUUCACCACAAACCCACGCUUGUGAGGACCAAGACAGAGAGAGUUUCCCUCUUUGAUGACUUCUUUGACAGGGAUUUCUAGUGGCAUGUGCCAAAGAAACGAGCCCCAGCUCUGGAGGGGCUGGAUCCCCCCAGAUGGAUGGGCUGGGGUUGGAGACAGUGAGUGUGGAGGAGUGAGGGGAAGACAGGAAAAGGCAGGCAUUUCUAAUUUAAAAAUACAAUUUUAAGCUAAAGGGGACAUUGCAUCUAAGUUCUGUACUUGUCCCAGAUGCCAUCCUUGUUCUAGACCACAGUCCCCUGACUUCUAAACCAGGGAUGUAAUUGUGGCUUCUGAAAGAUUUUUAUUAUAGAAUCAUAGAAUGGUUUGCAUUGGAAGGGACCUUAAAUAUCAUCUAAUUCCAACUCUGUAAGUGUUGGAAGUGGAAUGUCUGUGAGUGUGGAAAGGACAGCUGGAAAUGAGGAGCUCACUGAUGUGGGGUGAACAAAAACCCUCUGGGAUGUGUG